AUGGCUGGGAACAACCACACAGAGGUAACUCUCUUCAUCCUCUCCGGAUUUGCGAAUCACCCUGAGUUACAAAUCAGUCUUUUCUUUGUGUUUCUCUUCAUUUACCUCUUCACUGUCUUGGGGAACUCGGGGCUAAUCAUGUUAAUCAGAUUUGACACUCAGCUUCACACACCCAUGUACUUUUUCCUUAGCAACUUGGCAUUCAUUGACAUAGUUUACUCAUCCACUGUAACCCCCAAGGCACUGGUAAAUUUCCUAUCCAAACAGAAAUCCAUCUCCUUCGCGGGCUGCUUUGUGCAAAUGUACUUUUUUGUUGGCUUGGUGUGCAGUGAAUGUUUCCUUCUGGGAUCCAUGGCCUACGAUCGCUAUGUAGCAAUUUGUAAUCCCUUACUGUACACAGUGGUGAUGUCCCAGAAAGUGUGUAAUUGGCUGGGAGCCAUGCCCUAUGCCAUAGGUUUCACCAAUUCCCUGGUGUCUGUCUGUGUCAUAAGCAGUUUGGCCUUCUGCGAUUCCAACAUCAACCAUUUCUUCUGCGACACAACAGCACUUUUGGCUCUGUCCUGUACAGAGGCUUUCCACACGGAACUGGUGAUCUUCGUUCUAGCUGGGUUCACACUCCUUAGCUCUCUGCUCAUUAUCACAGCCACUUACCUGGCCAUCAUCUCUGCCAUCUUGAGGAUUCAGUCCUCAGCGGGCAGGAAGAAGGCCUUCUCCACCUGCGCAUCCCACCUAGCAGGUGUCACUGUCUUCUACGGGUCUCUGAUCUUCACGUAUUUGCAGCCUGAUAACACGUCAGCCCUGACCCAGACGCAGGUGGCUUCUGUAUUCUACACCAUCAUAAUCCCCAUGCUGAAUCCGCUGAUCUAUAGCCUGAGGAACAAAGACGUCAAAAACGCGCUCCUGAGGGUCAGGCAGAGGAAACGUCUUCUCUAA